AAGUCGCCUGAUGUUACACAGGAGGCAAAAUGGCUACUGUGGGCUUGUCAAACAAACACUGAAUCAAUCAGAACAGGCGGCUGCCAGCUUCGGGUGAUCAAUACACAAGGCAUGAAACAUAAACGGGUAAGAAGUUAAUCUUCAAAAGAAGAUGCAUGUACUAUGCCAGCUUUACUGAACAUUUCAUCAUACAUUGUACCCUGUCAUCAAAUCAAAAUGAAACAAGUACUGGAACAUGCAUUGGACAGAGCAGAGUACAUUGUAGAAAGUGCCCAACAGCGCCCUCCUAAGAGAAGAAAUUCCACAAGUGCAAGGAAAUCCCUUAAUCAGAAACUCUAUGAUUUGUAUUUGGAAGAAUGUGAAAAGGAGCCUGAAAUAAAGAAACUGAGGAGAAAUGUUAAUCUACUGGAAAAGCUUGUGAUGCAGGAGACAUUGUCGUGUCUUGUAGUGAAUCUUUACCCUGGAAAUGAGGGAUAUUCAUUGAUGCUCAGGGGAAAAAAUGGAACUGACUCGGAAACUAUCCGGCUACCCUAUGAGGAGUGUGAACUUCUGGAUUAUCUUGAUGCUGAAGAACUGCCUCCAAUCCUUGUCGAUUUAUUGGAAAAGUCGCAGGUCAAUAUUUUUCAUUGUGGGUGUGUCAUAGCUGAAAUUAGAGAUUAUCGACAAACUGGUAACACUAAAGUACCAACAUAUAAAACUAGGCACAUACUGUUGCGGCCAACAAUGCAGACCCUGGUUUGUGAUGUCCAUGCAAUAACAAGUGACAACCACAAGUGGACGCAGGAUGAUAAAUUGCUUCUGGAGAGUCACUUAAUCUUGGCAACUGCAGAGCCAUUAUGUCUGGAUCCCUCCAUCUCGGUCACAUGCACUGUCAACAGAUUGCUUUAUAACAAGCAAAAAAUGAACACUUACUCAAUGAAAAGAUGCUUCAAGAGAUUUUCCCGGCCUUCUUUAAAUAGACGGUUAGAAAUGGCCAAUUAUCCAACACCACCACAGUUGAAAUUGUUUGACUAUAUACAAAAAAGAAAGGAAAGAAAAAUAUCUCAGUCAGUGGAUCUUAAAAUUUCCAGAGCUGGCAACUGUGUGGAUAUGUGGAAACAAAAUAGCUGCCUGUUAUUGGCACCAACAGAGCUUGAUGUGGAAAAGUAUGCUACUGUGGAGAAAUCUGUUAAGCUUGAAGAAUCUCAACCAUCUGUCUGGCCAGCUCAUGAUAUUAAAGAUGAUUAUAUCUUUGAAUGUGAAGUGGGUGCACCCUUCCCAAAGACGAAAGUGACCAUUUAUCAGUGUGCAGGAGAUCCCUUGUUCUAUGGUAAAAUUCAAGUAGCAAAGGAUUUAUCAAGAGAUGAUGAAAAUGAUUUCCACCUCAUUCACCCCCCAUUUCUCAUCGGCUCAAAGAUUGAUGCCGACCGGUUUAUUAAACAGUACAAGGAUGUUUACCAUAAAGAUGCCAAAUGCCCUAUAAAGAUGUCUCACAACUCCGGUGGAUCAGCAAAUCACGGCCAGCUCUCUCCUUCAAAGGAAGCAGAACCUGAUGGCAUUUCUGGGUCAGUUCAGUCCUCAGUACUGGGAAAGGGAGUGAAACACAGACCACCACCUAUUAAACUGCCAUCUGGUUCAGGAAGCAACUCCUCAGCAAAUGCUUAUAGUUCCCAGCAGUCAGGUAGCCACCUGAAAUCUCCAACUCCUCCUCCAUCUAAGAGUCAGAGCCUCUCUCGUAAACACUCAGAACUGAAUCAAGUAAACCUGCUUUCACCAUCUGCUCUUUCACCAGUGGGAUCCUCACAGAGGUCUCGGGGUGGUGGAGCAUAUCCUGGCAGCAAUGUGCGCAAGGCAGGACUACACCACGGACGAGAUGCAAGUCCGUCACAGGGAUCUGGAACUCCCAAGCCAUCUACUCCAACACCCACUAACACGCCAUCAUCUACUCCUCAUCCUCCGGACAUCCAAACGUCCACACCAUCUAUUACCCCAUCGGCAACUCCCACACCACAGGACUCUUCAAUGAACUCACAACCAGCCCUUUUGACAUCUUUUGCCCAGCAGCAGAUGGCACUGAGUCAGACUCUUCCAGUCAUGACUAUUCCAUUGGCUACCAUGGGUACCUCAAUCACCACAGGCACAUCUACAUCUCAGGUCAUGACUAGUCCAGCUGGCCUAAACUUCAUCAAUGUUGUUGGAUCUGUGUGCGCACCCCAAAUGAUGAGUGGAUCUAAUCCCAUGUUGGGCUGCAACCCUGGAACUAUCACCUCUACAGGAAUCAAUCUCAGUGGGAUUUUGCCUUCUGGAGGACUUGUGCCUGGUGCAUUACCAACUAUGCAGUCUGGAGCACAAGCAGGUGUUCCUUUUGGUUUAAAAAAUGCCUCAGGUCUUCGGCCCCUAAAUCUACUUCAGAUACCUGGAGGACCUCUCAUCUUUAACUCUCUACAGCAGCAACAGCUUUCCCAGUUCUCUCCACAGCAGUCAUCAACGCAGUCUGCCACAUCAAGCCCUCAGCAACAAAGCGAUCAGUCAUCUGAUCAAGGUCCUUCUAGCCAGGAUCAAACCCUGAGUGGCCAGCAGACUGCUGUAAUAAACCUUGGAGGAUUUAUGUCACCACAUUCAGUUGCGAUACUUACAACACCAAAUGCAUCAGCAAAUGGCUAUGGCGGCAGCAGUGGCCCAGGCAGCUCAAAUCCGUCAUCAUUCAAACAACCAACUAAAAAGUAAAAGAAAACGUGGCACACAAAACUCAAACACUUAACUUUCUAUCUUGGCAGCAACUCAAAAAAAAAAAAAUCCCUCCUAAAGUACAAAAUUCUAGAUUGUUGGAAAAUAACGUCUGUGAUAUUUUUAUAAAAUAGAGCAUUUCCUUUUUGUGUCCCCUUUUUUAAACAAAAAAAGUGCAAUUAUGUAAUGAAAACUACGAAGCAGAGGAGCAUGCUUGGUGGUAUACAGUCGUCCACUCUGUUGUCCUGAAGAUUAAAGCUUUAUAUUGUAGAUAACUCCAUUAUUAUUAUUAUUAUUUUUUUUUUU